AUGUACCCGGAACCAUUCACGGUGUACGGCGGUGAUUCUUUUGAUUUGAUCUGUUCCUAUAACGCCUCCUACGUAACACCGGACCAUUUUUUAAGUUUUGAGAGAGGUUACAAGCUUAAUUCGGUGGCCAUUGACAAUCACACUAUUGUGUACAGAAUCUUAAAAACACCGGAUGAAGGAGCACUCUUAUCCUUCUAUUGCAAUGCUGACGACCAACAGAUAUGGAUCGAAUUAAUAGUGAUACCCAAGCUGAAUGUCAGGGACUUCGAAUGCAUUAGUGAAGGCGAAGAAUUGGCGGUGAAAUGCAGCUUUGGUCGGUUGGGCAACAAGGCUGUUUGGGAUUACAUGGAAUAUUAUCUCAGAAUUGACAACGGGGAAAGUGAUAAGUGCAAAGCGAUGGGGAAUCGGGUUGAGUGCAACACCAAAUAUUCUAACGCAACCACAGAAAACUUGAAACACACCUUCACCCUUGAAAUGACAUGUAACAGAAAUGUGCAAAAGAAGUUCUUUCACCUCAGUAGGACUCAAAUGAAAGUUCCUCCUUGGGGAAAGGAUAUCAUGACAACAACAAGAGGAAUAUUUACUUGCAUGGGUUUUGAAGUCAGUACCAUACUUUCACGUAAUGCGUACCAUUAUAAAGUGCGGCUGCUGCUUAAAAAUCCACGAAUAAUGGAGAUCAUGGUCGAACCAAUAAAGCAACACCGAGACAUAUGUUUCCGUACGCCGCGCUUCAAUAAUGUUAACUUCGAAGUGCGUGUGUGGCGUCGAUAUAUUGGCAUUGAUACUCCAUGGACCAGGGACUAUUACGCCUUCAGCAUUUUAACGGAAGCUUUUCCGCCCGAUAGGCCGCCUCAGCUACAGCCCGGGGUGUUCUUUUACGAACCCAAAAAAAAUUAUCUUUACAUUUUUUGGAAGGAGUUGGAAGAACUGGAUCUUAACAGACUGGACUUCACGUACUCUGCGGAGACGACCACUGGUAAAAAGGCGAUAGCUAAAACGAAUUCCUCCGCCGUCUUCCACCACUGGGAUCACACGAAAUCGGCUACCGUCUUGGUUUGGAACCAAAACUCAGUAGGCCGGUCGGAAAACACCUCGAAACUAGAGGUACCAGCUCUGACCGAUUCCCUAUUGCAUCAGCCUCAGGACCUCUGGUAUCAUUUCGAAAACCAAUCUAUGACCUGGAAGCCACCGAGGGAUGUGAAUAAGCUAAUCUCGUACAUCGUUAUAUGGUGCUCCGUCUCCUCCAAUAGUACAUUUCUCUGUGAGGAUCAAAAACCCCUACAUUUGGAGUCUGUUCCAGCAUCUAUACAGAAUUACCAGUUCAACACACAGGCAGCUGAUUUAAACAAGGCGGUGGUGGCUCUUUAUGAGGACGGAACCAGCGGAGGGAUGUCACUAUCGGAGCUCUACCUAUAA